AUGUACGAUUUCUUCUGCGGCUUAACAGCUGUCGCCUACGACACGACCGUUAAGGAAGAUUUUUGGUUGGGGAAUGGGCUCUCGUACCACUCAAGCCUUUUUGGCGGGUUCGUGCAAACUCUUGAGAAGCUGGUUGCUGGUACAGCUGCGGCCUUCGCAACUUUCGCCAAACAUAUACCAAGGGACAAAAUACCGCAGCUGGACACCUUAGGCAAUCAAUACCACAAUGUUAGCUCUCCCAGUCCACGAAUCAGAGGAUACAAAUGCUCGCCUAUUGCUCGCUAUUACAGCUAUCUUGGAGGUCCUCUGCGUCUUUCAAUCAACACAGUACAUUCCUCCAAUUCAAACCUCAAGAUUAAACUUAUCCCGUUUUAUGCGGGAGCGACGGCUGUUAAGAAAUUUUCCGCCUCCACUCGAAGCUUGUCAGAUUUUGAAUCCGGUUCAGACACCAGCAGGGGUGGUUGUAGUGGUACCACGUUGUCCAUGCGAGGAGUGUCUUUUUCUCCGUGA